AUAUUUCACGGUAAGGUCUACUUUAGACACAAAUUUAAUUAACAAGCUCGGUGCGAGCGGAACAUUUUAUAGUUUUCCUCUAGGCUGUGACUGUAACGAAUCUGGCGAACUCGAAUGUGUCGAAUCACGCCAGCAAAAACGAAACUGGCGCGUGGCUUGAGAGAAGUAAGUCUAAUGUAGACCCUUUCAAAUAUUGGAACUCUGCGGUUUUUCCAUAGCAGGAGUAUCCGAAGAAAACCAAUUUUCGAUUUAAUUGUUCGUACGGAUAUUAAAAUCCCUGAUGUGUUUUCAAAAAAAUCUGGAAAUGUAUUUCAGCACUAAAAUUUCCCGGCUUGUUUGCAUUGAUACAAAGGUGGGCGAAAACUAUUCUAGGAGCGGUAUACUGCUAAUAAAUUGAUCGACAUACUUGUAUAAUAUCAUCUAUAUUGUGUUGUUUAAAGUAAUAUACGGAGUGUCUCAAAAAAAUGCAGUAGUUAUGAUUUUUAAUUUUUAAUCAGCUGACUGUUAAUGUAGGAGUCUAAGAGACUAUUUUGACCCUAAGAUUAUUAUAUUUUAAGUACUAUUUACAACAUGAAGCCGAAGGCGAGAGUUUGUAUAUCCGAUACAACACGGACGCAAAUGUUGUAAAUGACUUAAAAAACGACUCAUCCUAUGAGUUCAUUGGCGAAGUAAUUUUAAAAAUAAAAGUUGUCUAAGCCGAGAAAAUCAAAGUUAAAGUUUAUGUAAAUGAACAUGAAUCUGUAUCACAUAUACAGAUACGACACGCUUAUGAUUUUUCUUUGUGUUUUUCAUGAAUUAUUAAUGUUUUUUAAUAUUACUAUUAAAAUAGUCUAUGGUCCAUGUUAUGAAUAUAUAUUAACUAGGGUACCUACAAAGAAGAGAUUGCUGCGGGCAUUAAUAUACAAAUAAUGAAUGUUUAUGAGUGCAAUGCCAAUGGUAAGAAUAUUUUCAUGAGGUGAAAGAUGGAAUGUUCCAUUCAAAGAGGCGACAACCGAGUUGAAUGGAACAUUCCAUCUUUCACCAAAUGAAAAUAUUCUUACCAUUGCACAAAUAAAAACAUUCAUAUUUGUUUUACAUAAUACCAAAAUAUUAAAAGGUUUACUGUAAAUCGUCCCGCCAUUUUGACGAGUCGUACUUACAUUAAAUCCCCAUUUACUAAGUUUCGGAUAUCGUAAAAAUAAGAAAUGGCUGAAUGAAGCCCAAGCGAGCAUAAACAAUCUCGAGGAGACAAACCAGAAACUUCGAGACAGUGUAAUUGAUCUCAAAACCAGAUCUAUACGGGAUAACUUAUUAUUCUUCAAUACACCAAAAGAAGAAAAUGAGGACACUAUACAAAGAUGAUACAUAAAUUAUUGAAAGAAAAAUUAGAAAUUCAAAACGCGACUCAUACCAUCAAGAUCGAUCGAUCGCAUACACUUGGCGAGCAACACCACAAUCAACGCGGUAAGCCGAGACCUAUUGUCGCGAAAUUCGAUUUUUUUCAAAACCGUGAAAUGAUAAGAAAAAACGCGAAGAAAUUGAGAGGAACCAAAAUUGGAAUCUCUGAACAAUUUCCUCAAGAGAUUGAAGAAACCAGAAGAAAACUAUAUCCAGAAAUGAGGAAAGCAAAAUUAGCUAAGAAGAGAGUACGCCUGGUGCACGACAGGCUAUUUAUCCAUGGUGUUCAAUUCAAGCAAAAUUAGUUUACCGUUGAACAUUUAAGGUUGUAUCGUAACUUUUUAUUACCUUAAACUUAAAAUAUGUGUAAUACACCAAAUAUCUGUUCUAACUAUCCUAAGUUAGUUGCAUCUCACAAAAUUGAAUCAAGCUUUAAGUGCGAAAGAUGUAAAAGUUGGAUUUAUGAUUGUGAUAAUUCGUGUCCUACGUGACAGGAAACGGAAAUCAAAAUAUGCAAAAAAUGCGUUAAUAUCUUAUUCUAUUGAUAAUCCUAAAUUUAGUUUUAUUUUUGGAAACUAUAAUCGAAUACCAAAUGACAAUGAUAUUGAAAGACUUUCAGAACUCAAAUUUAAUCCACUUGACGAAAAUAUAAGUGACGAAAAUAUAAGCACCAACCCUGAUGCAAUCAAUACAAAUAUUGAAUUUAGAUAACAUAAAUUGCGACUACUUUUUUCCGAUGUAUGCCCGAGCAUUGUUUACUCAAGACUUUUAAACUACCUAACUAAAUUCAAUAUUCUAUGUGAUAACCAGUUUGGUUUUCGGAAGAAUCACUCUACUUUUAUGGCUGUAUUAGAACUAAUUGAUAAUCUUUCUAACUCAGUGGAUAUAGAAAGGAGUUUUCAGUGGGUGUCUUCAUUGAUUUGAGCAAAGCAUUUGAUACGGUCAAUCAUAAAAUUCUUCUUGAGAAACUCCUUCAUUAUGGUAUUAUAGGGGUACACCAUUAAACUGGUUUUCUGACUACCUUUCUAACAGGAAACAAUUUGUCGAAUUCAAUGAUACUUUGUCGGAGCAAAAAACUAUUUCUUGUGGUGUCCCCCAGGGGUCAAUAUUGGGACCCCUGCUAUUCCUUAUUUAUAUAAAUGAUAUAUCGAACUGCUCUUCCUUAUUAGGUAGGUAGGUAGGUAAAACUUUAUUUUACUACGCUAACCCCUACAGCAAAAGCUGAUUUCCAAGGGGGGCGUAGUAUUAAAUUCAAAUUUACAUUACAAACAUAAUUAAAUAGGUUAUAGUAAAUAUUAAUAGAUUAAAUAGUCAAGGUAAAUAUGGAUUUGAAAACUCUAAUUAGUAUAGCCAGGUGUCAUACGUUUUUGUUGAAUAUAGCUAGUGAUUCUUUUCCUCUUAAUUCAUUUGGGAGACUAUUCCACAGUUUAGCCCCUCUAUAGCUAAGACUUUUUUUAAGAUAUUCAGUCUUAGGCUUGGGCAAAUUGAGUUUAGUGGAAGAGCCCCGCAAAUUAUAAUGCUGGGAGGAAGACGUCUUUUGAAAAAUAUCAGUAAGUCGUAAGGGCGCUAGAUCAUGAGUAAUUUUAUACAUCAGACUUGCCACAAACUGGGUUCUGCGUUCGCUCAGAGGCUUCCAGUUUAAUUCAUUUUGAGCAAGUUCAGAUUGACCAUGUUCAUUUUUACGACCCACGAUAGCUCUAGCAGCCCUAUUUUGUAAUUUCUGGAGAGGAUCAGAAAGUGUGGUACCAAUGGUGUCCCAAACUUCGCAACAGUAAUCAAGGUGAGGCCAAACAAGUGCAUUAUAGGCACAAAUUAAUGUAUUACGGUCUACACAUGAUUUUAACUGUCUGAUUGCAUGCCCCAAUUCCGGAUGAGACUUUUUUGGCAAUUUUAUCAAUAUGCUUUUCCCAUGACUGACUCUUCCACAGUCCCUCAUUCGUACGCGCGGUCGCGUCAUUUGAGCUUCAGAUUCUAUCGCAUUCCCAUUAAGCACCGCGCUCCCAUUGUUUUUCCACUGAUCUCUAUUCCCAACUGAAGCGACGAAAGACGAGGCAGUUCCCAUGAUAGAAAUUCAUCAAUAUAGACUCCAAGUGCCUUUGUUUCUCUUACCCUUUUAAUUGGUAUGUCACCAACAAAUACCUUUGGGGUAGCCAAUAUAUUAUUAAUAUUAUGCCGUGAUCCAAUUAGUAUGUACUCAGUUUUAACGAGAUUUAAAGAUAGUUUAUUUGCACAGAGCCACUGAUUAACGUUUAAAAGAUCGUGAUUGAUGGCAACUUCUACAUCAUGAAGAGAUUUACCAGAUACAGUUAACGUUAUAUCGUCGGCAAACAUUCUUGAUGACGAGCGUUCAAGACUUGUAGGCAGAUCGUUUAUAUAAAUUAGAAACAGGAGUGGCCCAAGAAUUGAACCUUGGGGGAUCCCACAAGUAACUAGAUUUUUUUAGACAAUACGCCGUUCACAGUACACAUUUGAAAUCUGUUCUCUAAGUAUGAUCCUAAAAGAUUUAGGGCAGGUUUUUGUAGACCAUAAAGGUCAAGUUUCUUAAUCAAUAUAUUAUGAUUUAUAGUAUCAAAUGCUUUCUGCAAGUCAAGAAAUACUGCAAUAUUGAAUUGACCACGGUCCAUAUUAAUGAACCAUUCGUUAGUAGUGUCCAAAAGGGCAGAAGCUGUAGAAUGGAACUGCCUAAAACCAAAUUGAUUUUGAGACAACAAAUUAUUAAGAACAAAAUAAUCAUAUAGUUGACCAUAUAGAACUUUUUAAUUUAAUUUAAUAAUUUCGUCACCUUUAUAUAGAUAUAUACAAAAAAUGUAUACUAGCAAACAAGCAACACUAACACAACAUUCUUACAAGAUAACACACUAAACAUGGACGUGACUGGAGAAAAGAACAGGACUUGCGUCCCAAUUGACACUUUACCCCUAUCAUUACUAGUAUAUGAUUAAACAAACAACUAUAUUAUAUAACAUUAAAUUUACUUAGAUGCAGCCAGGAGGACUAUAUGAUGGUAAUUUAGCAUUAUAGAACUCGCGUAGCCUGGCUCUAAAUAUAAUAUGGAUAUACUAGAGUUAAUUACUAGAGAUUUCAGUUCUGAUGAAAGACUGUACCACAGGUUGGCUGAUCUUAUAAAAAAAGAGUUCCUAUAAAGUAGUCCUGUUUGUGAUUAAUCAGGAAGUUGAAAUUGUUUUCGUCGUAAUUGCGUCGUGAUUUAUAGCCUGGUUCGAAGGUGCAUAAAUAGUUAUUGACAUCCAUAGAUAUUAGUCCGGUUUUUGAUUUGAAAACUAGCAACAGGUCGGAGAUCUCUCGGCGGAAUUCUAAUGGAAGGAGGUUUGUUUUAAUUAGCCUCUCUGUAUAGGACAUUUCGUUCGGGUAGUUCAGUAUAAACUUCGUCGCUCGCCGCUGAAUAUUUUCAAUUAAUGAUUUGUGUUUGAUGGUAUUGGCUUCCUGUCAAACUCCAUCUUUUCUACCGCGAUGCAGUCUUGACGUUCAAAUGCAUGAAUGGAACGGCCCUGAUUACUUGUAAAAGCAAUUUGUAAAGAGAUGCAGUAUAAGUGGACGCUGUACCAGAAAUUCCCAAUCCUUGAACAUCCCUUUUUAUAAAAGUGCCACUGGCCAAAGAUCAUUUUAUUACCGUGCUGUUUCACUCUGGAACGCUCUACCAGUGAACAUUAAGACAAGCACGUCUAUAAAUAUUUUUAAAAGUAAACUUCGAAGACAUCUUUUUCACUUUAUAGCCAUAGAUAUUCACAUAUUAUAUUGUAUUGUAAAUUAUCGUAUUUGGCCAGCCUCGUACCCAGGCGCAAAUAACGUACUAAAAAUAGCAACACUACAGUGUUUUUAUAUAGAUCAGUGGCUAUGAUGAGCGAGCGAGCGCGCGGGGGUGCUAGGUCAGGACACGACGGGCCCAAGCACCCCCGCGCGCUCGCUCAUCUUAGCCACUGAUCUAUAUAAAAACACUGUAGUGUUGCUAUUUUUAGUACGUUAUUUGCGCCUGGGUACGAGGCUGGUAUUUGGCUCUGAAAAGCCCCCCCCCCCCCUGGGGGAGAGCGAAAUUAGAGUAUUUUAUGGUAUAUGGCGACCAGACAUUACUGGCAUAUUCCAGCUGGGGCCUAACCAGGGUGCAAUACAGGAGUCUUCUUGUAGCGUAGUCACGCAUGUUCCUACAUAUCCUUUUAAUGAGGCCAAGGGUCUUAUUUGCUUUCGAUGCAGUGACCUCGAUAUGCCUAGACCAUGAUAGAUCACUGGAUACGGUGACACCGAGAUCCCUGAUGUGCAUAACUUUCUCGAUCGGAUGACCAUUGAGAUUGUACAGCGCUUUGUUUUCCAAUUUCUUCUUCCUCGAGAUGUGCAUUGCCUUGCAAAAACUUUACUUACUAUAGGCAGAAUGGAAAUUUGGCGAUAGUUAUUCAGCAUGUUUCGAGGGCCAUUUUUGUGUAAAGGGAUAACUCUCGCUAGUUUCCACUCUGAAGGAACAGUUUCACUAUAGAUUGCCGUAUUAAAAAUUCUUGUCAGUGAAUUUGCAAUUAUUGGCGCAGCAAUACGAAUAAUUUUAGCGGGAAUUUUAUCAAUUCCAGUAGAUUUACAAGGAUUUAAAGAGGCGAGAAGUUUGUAUACUUUGGUUUCAGACACUGUUUGAAACUUGAAACUACUUGUUGCUUUUGUUAUGUAAUCCGUGAAAUUUCUGUCAGUGUUACCAAUGGUUGUGGCAAUUUUUGGACCAAUGUCAGUAAAAAAGAUUUAAAGCGCUGCUCCGAGACAGACAAACGUAGAUUGUUAAAGUUUUUAAUGUUUUAUUAUAAGGGUGGGUGGGAGGACUGAGUGAAGGAAGGGGGGGGGGGAUUAUUCGUGUGUUAUAUUUAUAUAUAUAUAUAUUCGUAUAUUUUCAUUAUUUUCUUCCCUAAUUAUUAAUCAACGGCCCCUUGAAAAUCAGCUACAAGGAACUGUAGAUAAACUUGCUGAAGGGCUACCGUUGUAUAUGUGUGUAAAUAAGAUUAAAUAAUAAUAAUAAUAAUAAUAAUAAUAAUAAAGUAAUUAUUAAAGCGCUCCGCUAAUUCAUUUGGACAAAAAAUUUGACCAUUCUGAGUAUGGAUACAAUUUAUUUCGCGACAUUCUUGUUUCCGGUUAAGGAUUUUAUUAACGGUUUUCCAAGCUUUUUUAGGGUCAUGUUUGACACUUUCAAAUUGUGCUUUAUAAUAUGCUGUUUUUGCUUCUCGCAGUGUACUAGUUAUAUGUUAUUAUAUGUUAUUAUGUUAAGAUAAUAUUAUUUGCUGAUGAUACUAGUAUUUUUUAUUCAGGCAAAGAUCUUGACUAACUACUACAAUCGGUUAACUUACAGCUUGUAAAAUUGUCCAUGUGGUUUAAAACAAAUAAGUUAUCAUUAAAUCUCAAAAAAACAAAAAGUAUGAUUUUCUGCUCGAGGACCAAACGUUAUACAAAAAAUAUUGAUAUUUUGAUUGAUAAUCAAAUUAUAGAACAAGUUAGUUCUUUAACAUUUCUUGGCGUUCAUAUUCAUAAAAAUCUAGAUCGGAAACCUCAUAUUAAUACAAUUUCUCUAAAAAUUUCUAAGUCCAUUGGAGCCAUAAACAAAAUAAAAUCACUAGUUUCGGCCACUGCUCGGCGAACUCUAUAUACUGUUCUUUGGUUCUACCAUAUAUUCAAUAUUGCAACAUAAUCUGGGCAAACACUUACAGUAUCAAUCUUGAAAAACGCGCCAUCCGAAUAAUUGCUAAUGUACGAUAUAGGGAUCAUACUAAGCCAUUAUUUCUUAAGCUAAAACUAUUAACAGUGUAUGAUAUUAAUAAGUUACAAACUGGAUCUCUCAUGUAUAGAUGUAUAUUUACUCCAUCCACUCUUCCCACUGUUUUCCGAACUUACUUUACUUUUAACAAUGAAAUUCACAAUCAUAACUCAAGAAUUGCCAGUAAAAUUUAUGUCACUCAAGCCAAGACCAAAACUAGACAAAUGACUUUAAGAAAAAGUGGGAUUACUCUUUGGAAUUCACUUGAUGAUUCCAUCACCCAUGCUACAUCACUCCAAUCUUUCCAGAAAAAGUUUAAAUAUUCCAUGUUUAAUGAAAUGAUUGAAUAAUCAUGAGUUAUAUGUACUAUUUAAAGCACGCGUAGGAGUGUUUUAUCACAUAUAAAACACGACGCGUAGCGGAGUGUUUUAUAUGUGAUAAAACACGACUGCAAGUGCUUUAAAUGGCUUAAAAAACGACUCAUCUUAUACGAGUUCAUUGGCGAAGUAAUUUUUAAAAUAAACCUUGUAUAAACCGAGAAAAUCAAAGCUAAAGUUUAUGUAAAUUAACAUGAUUUUUUAUCACAUAUAAAACCACGACACGUUUAUGAUUUUUCUUCGUGUUUUGCUCCUGAAUUAUUAAUGAGUUUUUUAAGCUUUAUUAAAAGAAUAUAAUAUCAUUAUAUUGUUUUCUUUUCUCUCACACAAACAACAAAUUAAUAGCUACUUAAUAUUUCUAUACUCUGCUGGAUAAGGUGAUUGGUAAUUACCAAACUCUCUCGAGUUUCAAUGCCAAUCUCCUGCCAAAUCUUUAUAAUAUUGUAAUUGUGUGUUUAAUAUAGGCUAACACUUGUAAAUAUUUUAAAAGUAUGGUAAAUAUAUUUUUUGAUUUUGAUUUGAUUUGAGCGCCACGCGCAAGGGUAAAAAUAUCAACACGCAUUUUUGGGCUUCCUAUGUAUGGGCACAUCAACCACGUCGUUCCAAACGUAGUGAAGUGAUUCCAAUAAGGAGUGCAUAAUAUUAACACAUAAUUUAUUAAAACUGUGUGUUAAUAUUAUGCACUCUUUAUUCGGAAUAACUUUUGUCUUCUUUAAGGCCUAGCCUUGAAACAUUCGCGCAAUGCAACCUUAAAUAAAACAACUUGAACUUUACCUUACAGUCGAGAAGCCACCGGUUUCCAAACACUUAGUGAUGCUGGAUAAGGCACGUUUGGCCAUGACUGAAGUGGUCCAAGAUAUUUUAAGCAGCAGCAUACGGACUCCGAACAGUACUCUAAAAAACAUAAAUUUAAACCAGGUCAAUCAAGUUAUACAUCAGAUCGAACGUUUCAUGGAACAAGCUGAUUUAUCCAGGUACAGAAAGAGAAUUGAAUAAAAUAUGUUAGUUAUAGUUGUGCUCCUUCACCCAUUUGCACAACUAACCCACCCUUUGUAUAUUACGCCUACUUACCUACCUACCCACCUGACAACCCACCCGCCUACUACGUACCUAACCACCUGACUACCCACCCCCUACUACGUACCUACCCACCUACCUACAUACCGACGUACCUACCCACUUACCUACAUACCUACUUAAUUACCUACCUAUCCAUGCACCCACCCACCAAUCUCGUACCCAGAGCAAUGCCUGUGCACGGGCUAGGAUGGCACUGGCUCUGGGGAAAUUGAAAACCGGAAGCACUAAAUUUAGGGGUUCCGGUUCUUUGUCGGCAUGCACGAUUGAUAAACGUUAACCAAUCAGAGCACAAGAAAAAUUCAAUUUCCCCAGAGCCAAUGCCAUCCUAGCCCGCGCACAGGCAUUGCUCUGGGUACGAGAUUGCCCACCCACCAACCAAAUUACCUGCACACCCACCUAUAUACCCAUCCACCUACCUACCCACCCAACCACCUACCGAACCUAACUAUACACCCACCCACCAACCUAUCAUCUACCCACGUACAGUACCUACCAAUCCACCCACGUACCUGCUCUACCUACCCACCUACCAAUAAACCUUUCUUAUUUCUAUUUAUACUAUAUAUAGUAUUAAUUUCACUUUUAGAAAGAAAUAUAAACUGCCAGAGCUGAAAAGCGAUAUCAAAGAAGCUGUAGAACUGGGGAACAUGAAAUUGGCACGGCGUACGCUCGCCAUAGCACUUAAUACGAUAGAGAAAAGCAGCUCAGGAAUGGCUGGACGUCGGAAAAGAUCAAUCAAGGAUGACAUAAAAAAUUUUCUUUGGGACCUUGGCAAAAAAACGCUUUCCAAAAUGUUUGCGUUGCCAGGUGUUGCGAUCGAUAUGAUGGGCCGCAUGUACGAAGAAAUAUCCAAACACUUAGUGACAAUGGAUAAGGCACGUUUGGCCAUGAUUGAAGUGGUCCAAGAUAUUAUAAGCAGCACAAUACGGAAUUCGAAAAGUAUUCUGAAAAACAUAAAUUUAAACCAGGUCAAUCAAGUUAUACAUCAGAUCGAACGUUUCAUGGAACAAGCUGACCUAUCCAGGUACAUUGAAUAAAAUAUGCAUGGGAGCUAAAAUUAUAGUUGUGCCCGGGGCCUUCACCUAUAUACACAACCUACCCACCCUUUGUGUAUAUCAUCCACCUGCCUACUGACCUACCCAGUUACCUAUCUAUCCCUACCUAACUAUCCACCCGCCCACCUACCUACCCACCCAACCAACUACCCACACAUUCACCUACCCACCUAGAUAUUGAACUAAUUUCACUUUUAGAAAGAAAUAUAAACUGCCAGAGCUGAAAAGCGAUAUCAAAGACGCUGUAAAACUGGGGAACAUAAAAUUUGCACGGCGUACACUCGCCAUAGCACUGAAUACGAUAGAGAAAAACAAUUCAAAACCAGCUGGACGUCGGAGAAGAUCGAUCAAGCAGGAUGUAAAAACGUUUCUUGAAAACAUAAGGAAAUACCUUGGUGAAACAAUGUAUUCCAAACUUUUUGCGCUGGACGGAGGAAAAACGUUAAUAUUUGCGAUCGAUAUUACGGGCAGCAUGAAUGAUGUAAUAGAGGCGGCCAAAGCAAUUGCAACUGAGAUCAGCACGUCUAAACGCCGUGCACCACCAAGCAGUUAUAUUCUGUCCUGGUUUAGCGACCCCCAGGGUAAGAAAUUAAUAUUUAAGUGCAUCAAAAAAUAUAGAGAUAUCAUUUUCAUCACUUUUUCUCAGGCGACCAGGCGAAAAAUGAUCAACUGCGCGUGCUCAGCAAGAUUAAAGUGAGUCGUGCUCAGGUCGUCAUCCAAUCAGAUGCGUACAUAUAGUAACUUGCCGAGCAUGCGCACAAAAAAGGGGGUACACUAGUUACGUCUCUGUAUGUCCCUACUCUGUGUUAUCACAGAAUAAAUAAGACAUACAGAGACGUAACUGACCGUUGUAAACACUGCGGGAGAUUACGUUAUCAUGUACCCACUUUUUUUCAGGCGACCGGGCGAAAAAUGAUCAACUGCGCGUGCUCAGCAAGUUUGGAGUGAGUCGUCAUCAGGUCGUCAUCCAAUCAGAUGCAUGCAUCUAGUAACUUGCCGAGCAUGCGCACAAAAAAGUGGUACGUCUCUGUAUGUCUCUACUCUGUGGUGUUAUAGUACAAUCUAUCAUCUGUGUUUAUAUACAAAAGUGUCGUGAUCUGUUGGCUCGCGUCAUUUGAAAUUUAAUUAAACGGCACAUCAACUACGUCGUUCCAAACGCGCGCAUCCAAGACAAGAGAAAUUAAUUUUGCACAUUAAAGAGAGCACGCCACGUACUAUCUAGUGGCUUUCCUUCCUGAUCUACGGGGUGUAUAAAAAAAAAACUGAACAGACUUGAAAUUGCUCUCAAUUUCGCAAAACACCUAUUUGUAUCCGGUUUUUUAUGUAUAUAGCUUCUUUUCAUUCUUUGGGUACUUAUAAUGUAGAAUAAUGAAAAAAAAUUCUCAAACUCAAAUUUGGUGAACCAGGGGGGGUGUCUUUUCCAACAAACUAAAAAUGGCUCGCGCACAAAAUUUAAAAGUUUUAAUCAUAUUUUGAGUUAAUAGAUGGAAACUUUGUUUGGUUUUUAAUUACUGUACAAAAUUUCAGACAAUUUGGUUUAGUUUAAGCCGUUUAACUAUUCAUUUUAUUCUAAAAAAUCAGCCUUUCGCAUGCUUAAUUAAUGCCUUUACCUAAUUUGCAUAUUACUAACAUAUGCAAAUUAGGCAAAGGCAUUAAUUAAGCAUGCAAAUAGCUGAUUCAGUUUAGGAAAAAAUGUAAGUUUGCGUGAAUAGUUAAACGGCUUAAACUGAACCAAAUUGUCUGAAAUUUUGUACAGUAAUUAAAAACCCGACAAAUUGUCCAUCUAUUGACUCAAAAUAUGAUUACAACUUUUAAAUUUUGUGCGCAAGUCAUUAGUCAGUUUGUUGGAAAAGACACACCCCCCUGGUUCACAAUAUUUGAGUUCAAGAAAUUUUUUUCAUUAUUCUACAUUCUAAGUACCCAAAGAAGCUAUAUCUAUAAAAAACCGGAUACAAAUAGGUGUUUUGCGAAAUUGAGAGCAAUUUCAAAUCUGUUCAGUUUUUUUUUAUACACCCUGUAUAUAGUAUUGUGCUUCUCAAUUUCAAUUGACUCUCUCAUUUUGCGAGAGAACUUAUGACUAUCAAUCGCCAAAAUGGUUGCUUCGUCCCAUUUUAUACGAUGGUCGUAAGUCCAUGUAUGUUUAGCCACAGCAGAUUUAUCUUGCUCGGCUUUCUCGCAAUUCGUCUUGUGUUCCUUAAGACGUACUGAGAGAUUUCGACCAGUUUUACCAAUGUAAACAAAACCACAUUCACAAGGAAUGCGGUACACACUAGUUUUCUGAUAUUCAUUAACGUUGUCUUUAUGUGUGCAAAGACCUCGAAACAAUUUGUUUUCGGUAGAAUCAUAGGCUGCCCAAAAGUGCGUGUUGAAAUUUUUACCCUCGCGCGUGGCGCUCGGGCAUGCAUCGAGUCUACUCAGUUUAUUAUUAUGACAUAAUAAUAUUUAUUCAACACGCACUUUUGGGCAGCCUAUGGUAGAAUGGUAUACCUUUAUACCUGCUUCAUUCUUCAAAAUUCUUUCAAUUUUGUGUGAAACCGGACCAAUGUAUGGUAGACAAACAGACGACUGAUAUUCAAUUUUCUGCUGUAUACUUUGUGGUGUUUUCAUAGCAUUAUCUAUGCUGUGAAAACAUCACAAAGUAUAUGUUUACUGAUCGAAAGCUUUGCAGUAAUAAAUUUACGUGGUGUUUCCACAAACAAAAACUGUUAUAUAUUUAAUCGCCAUGCAAUCAUACAAAGAAACAAAAGUUAUUCCAAAUAAGGAGUGCAUAAUAUUAACACACAAUUUAUUAAAACUGUCACUAAAACCAUCACUAUAACCAUCACCGUCACUAUCACCAUAACCAUGGUCUUUGUCACAAUCACCAUCACCAUCACAACCAUCGCCAUUAAUAAAAAGUUUCAUUUUAGACCUGGGAGGCGCCAUAAAAAAAAAGAAAGAUCAAGUGGGUGAAUUUGUUAACAAAAUAGGAAAUCUCGUAGCAAGGGGUGGAGGGGAUUGUCCAGAAUAUGCAUUGGAAGGUAUGUUCCAAGCUAUCCAAGCAAAUCCCGAAUAUGGAUCCCCGUUGUUUGUUUUCACCGACGCACCGUCAAAAAAAGACACAGUGGAAAAUGUGGAAAUGCUCCUUUGUCUUGCUGAAGAAUACGGAAUAACCAUCAACUUUUUCACGCAAGAAGAAUGCCAAAAUCCUCCUGGCAGCACAUUCGAAUCUUACAAAAAGUUAGCAUCCAAGAGUGGAGGAAGUUAUCUGCCGAUCGAAGACACUGAACUGAAACGUUUGGCAAACUUUACGGACGCAGAAUUAGGUAGGGGCUCGUCGUUGGUAAUGUAGCACAGGUGCAAUGGAUCUAAUUAACCUUAUAACUAUGAUUUUGAUCUAGACAAGUCUAGAUCAAAAUUUCAUCACAGCUUGAAAGAGCAUCACAAAAUUAGUAAUAUUCCGAAGUUUCGUUGCGAAAUGUUGUAUAAUGCGGAUAAUAUAGCCUUGCGAAGUUUGCAAUUUUCAGUCAUUUUAGAUUACAAACGGGAAAUUGAUACCCAACACCCGAUUGGGCUGUCAAUUUCCGCACGAUUUUCUUAGUAGUAUUAAAAUAUCCAAAAUAAAUAUAAAAGUUCACCCUUUUUUGAAUUUAGGUACUCCGGCAACAGUAAAAUGUGGUGGUACAAUUUCGAAGAAAAGAAAGAAGCGCAGUACCGUGGACGAAAUUUUAAUUCCACUCGACGAUACCAUUUCUCAGUUAGUUAUUUCUGCAACAACCGAGAAAAAUGCAAAUGGCAUCAGCCUACAUACUCCUUCUGGAGUGGCAUGGACCGAGGGAAUGAAUCGUUUUCCUAAUGUUGCUAUUUAUAUUGUUGACUCGCCUAUGGUUGGUAACUGGAAAUUCCGGGUCCCCGUAGACGCGGGGAAAUACCAAUACACAGUCAAAGUUUCGAGCACUGAGAAUAUUAACUUUAAUCAUGGUUACAUGAAAAACGUGAACAAGAAGAUAUUGGAAUUAAAAUCUCCCAUAGCUGGUAGGUGACCGUUCCAUUAAAGUUCGUCUACGUUUGAAACGUCCUAGCAAAAGUCCGUGAUUCGCUCCCAGGGAACAAACGCAAAAAUCUCACCUCUUCUUAUAAGAGUCGAUUACAGCUUUUGCUACUCGCGCGGUGAUAAUCUAUAGUCAUGUAAUAAUCUGCAGGCGCAAUAUUAAGUUGUCAAAACAAAUUUGUAAUAUAGAUAAAUAUAUUUAACAAGUAGAUAAGAUUUUGCCGUUGUCUGUGCAGCUAUAGAUACACAGUAUCCGUAGCGACUAUACAUAUUUUAUACUUACGAUAUAGGUGAACCAGCCCAAGUCUAUCUUACAAUAUCUGGAGAGAAGCAAAUUCAAAAUAAUUCAAUCCGUAUGGACAUCGUCGAUAUUUAUGGCAAAGUCCUUAUCCCUGAUAUAAAACCGGUACGACUGAACGGCAAAAGUGGCUUACGCUACACUUUAAUAUUCGACCCACCAAGUGAUCAAUUUAAAAUAUUGAUUAAAGGAAGAACAAGUAAGAACAAGGUAUUCCAGCGAAUCUCACAGCGGGCCAGUCAGGUGAAACCGUUGGUUCUGAAAGAAUUUUAUAAUUCGGGAAGAUAUGCAAUCAAACAAGGCGGUAGCGCAUUCAUCAUGUUGUAUUUGUUUAACGGCAUGGGUACAGAUCAAGUGUUUAGGACUUCAUUCAAGGAUAAUCUUGGGUACAAGGUGAGAAAAAAAGGCGAUAUUUUACAGAGUCGAACCACUCACAGUGUGAGCUCAUGAGAAGUUUAUAACACUUCUAAAAUAAUUAUAGCUAUUGCCAUAUUAUAUUCUAAGAUGAACGUUUGUAACCACACGAUUUUCGUAGAUCAGAAAAUGAGGAUUAUAUCCCUAUUCCGUAGUGUAGUUUAUGAAAGCUAAUUUGAUGAAGACAGAAAUGUACGUAUCGACUAACGAUACGUACAUUUCUGUCUUCCUUCAUCAAAUUAGCUUUCAUAAACUACACUACGGAAUAGGGAUAUAAUCCUCAUUUUCUGAUCUACGAAAAUCGUCGUUAGAGGGGGGAAGGGGUGGAACACUCCCACUUGUAAGUUAUACACCUGAUUUUCAAAAUUGUCUGGGGGAGCAUGGAUCCCGUGAAAGUGUCCCCUAGUAGUGCCCUAGCUUUUUUUGGCAUCUGUAUUUACAGGAUCAACCCUUGAUGCAUGUUAUCUAAAUUAGUUUUAUGUUAUAUUUUAAGAUUCUCAGUGAAAUAUUUUUCCUGUAAAAUAUAGCAGGACAUCCAGUUUGACAAUUGUUAGUGUCACACAUACAGUUACAGUGUACGAGUGUCCAUUUACUUGAUUAUUUCCAGAAAAUGUUCAAUGUUCUCUUGCGGUCCCAGAAAGUCAAAUAUUUUCCCACCCCUGCUGAGUCAGGUCUAACAUAUGUAUAAAGUUUCCACUUGAAAUUUCCAUCUACAAAAACCCUUCAACAUCAAAUGAAAUGUGGCUUACAUGUCUCUAGGUGUCUCUUCUUGGGCGAAAACGAACAACAGUGAGGGCAAAAAGCAAGACGUUCUUACGCGUUGCUGUUCGAUAUGGUGGAGGAAAACGGGGCAGAGUUGGUCAAAACGAAAAUGUCAUUAUACUGGUGCAAGGCAGUCAUGGUGCCAGCGCAACUGAAGUUGUUUCAUUCAUGAUAAAGAAAUAAGAUGCAGGAUGUUGUUGAAAGGAAUUGAAGAAAUCUAUUGGGGUAGACAUCUAAAUGUGUAAAGAAAUAUUCCAAACUAUUUAGUAAAAAGGUGAAACAAUACGAUUAUUGAUCUAGUUUUAAUAAUGACAUUUGAAAUAAAACGGACGGCGAUGAAAAAUUUUUAAAAAUUUUAUAGAUGUAAUUUGAAAUCAAAUUUACUAGAGGUAUAUCAUGUAACGAUUUUGGUUAAAGCAUAAGCUAUAGUUUGAAUAAUAAUGAUUACAGAAAAAUAUGAGAAUUUCAAAUAAAAUGACUGGUUGUUAGGGGCGUGGCGAAAGAAUCACGAUUCCAGGGGGGUAAGGUCGCUGCCAUAUGACAAUGACCAACUUUUUGUUGGGUUUUUUCUGCGGUUUUGAAUCUGCAUUUCUGCAAGGCAAUGGUUGUUGGGUACGCGUUUUCCAGUAAUAUUUUUUGACCAACAGCAAAUAAUUUUUGAAAUUAUUGUGUAAGGGGAGGGUAUCUUAUUACCCCUGGUUGUCGUGCUAAAAGUAGCAGAGGAAAUCGAUGAAUGCUUGUAGUCAUCCUACUAACAUUUUGUUAUUUUUGUAUGUGGAAAUGUUUUGUAAAUUUUGAAAAUGUUUUGAC